ACGAGCAGCGCCUGGCGCGGCCGCGGGCUGCCUCGCGUGCUGAGGACUGCAGCGGUGGUCGCAGCGGACCGCAGUCGAGAGCAGGCGUGCGCGCAGCGGUCGCAGCGGCGGGCCACGCGGCCAUCGUGGGCUGCCCAGCACCGGCGCCGCCGGGCGGACGCGACGAUGACCGUCGACGUCCCCACGCAAUUAAGGGAGCUCGCCGAGGUCGGUUCACUAAGUUUCCAGCGAAGCGCGGACAGUCCCGUGCGGACGGAGUUUCCCAAGCUCGCCGCGCGGCUACUCGCGAAAAGAGAAGCCCACGACGCCGCGAUCCAGAGCUUUGCGGAAAAGUUGACGUUGAUUUCCGACGGUAUUGAAAUAGACGUGAAGACGGCGAGCGAUGGCGUCGUCGACGCGCUGGAAGCGGUUGAUCAACAGACUGCUGCGAUCUUCGAGGAGCUCAACCGAGAUGAGUUACUAGUGACGAAGGACGCUUCUUACUUAACAGAGACCUGGGAGGCCAUCGAGGGGACGCUCAAGGAUCGGCAUGCCGUCAUCCGAGACUUCGGGGCGCGCCUCGAGGGCCUUGAGCAGCAGAGAGCAAAGACGGCUGGUGGAGAACUGCGGAAUUUGGUCGAUACGCUGCUCAGGAUCGCCUUCAAGUCUCCCGGAGAAAUCGAACGAGUAGUGGAGGGCGACGCCUUUGAGCUCAAUGCGGUGAUCAUCGCGAAUCGCAAGUCGCACGCGGAAUUACUCGCGUUACUAGAGAAGAAGGAUGUGGGUGUGGGUCUCGACGCCAUCGAGAAGUGGAGAUUGAGGAGAGAAGCCUGGCGCCAGCUGCGCCACGAUAGAGCAGUUAAAGAAUUUUGGGAGGACCUCGAGUCGCAACAAUUCGUGAACCCUCCGGAAAGGAGUAAGAGGUUCGAGAAGAUCCGAGCCGAUCAGUUAUCGAGUGAUGAGCAACGUAGGAAGCUGAUUCGUGAAGUGGAGGCGAUGACCCUGCCGCAGUCGGCCAAAGCUUCCGAGGCGAAAACAAAAUUUAAAGAAAUUCAUGCGAAGGAGGCCAACACGAUCGUCAAGCAUGAAAAAGCUUUAGAUAAGCUUGUGAUCAAGUCUCAUGAGGCCGCCUUGUUGCGACGGGAAGAUCUUAGACGAGAAUUACAUAGAUAUGGGGCACUCGCGGAGGAGCCUGAGUUACAUGAGUUCGCCGAUGCUGUUGAGAGUAUCGCGUUGGAUCCGGAGCGGGAGGACUUCUUCCGGAGUGCUGGUGGGUUGAAACCUGAACUGAGGCAGUUGAUCUCGGAAUGUCGUCAUGAGGACAUCGUCUACGCUAGAGUACUAGACGAGGCCAAACGACGUUUACAAGUUGUGAGAUGUGGUAGGGACCUCCAUACGACGCUAGAGAAGCAGGGCAAGGGUUCGUUCCGAGACGCGCUCAAGGACACGUGUGAGAGGCUCAGAAAAGGCGGGCGGCCCGAGGUGCCUCCCCUACUCCCGAUCCUGGAGCAGCAGGUCGACCAGUUGCGAGCGGUCGAAGGUUUGGACGACUUACUCGUCUCGGAAUUGAGUCGCGUGUCGGAGGACGUCCGCCAACUCAUCGACGACAUCGCUGAUCAAAAUGGUGAAAUGAAUGAGCGCAAGAGCAUGGCCACGUCUCGCAAGAGUUCGAAGCGAGGCGCUACUACGGCCUACACUGGUUAUGAAGGUCCCGCGAUUGAUAUGGUCGCCGUGCGGUCUGCUCAAAAACGAGUAGCCAUGAUGAUGUGCGUGUGCGAGCUGGAGGAGGAACAUAUUUCUUUAUUAGGAGAAGUGCAGGACGCCUUAGAACAAAAAACGGUGUGCAAUGUUGCCAUCGACGAGGUCUGUACAAAUGAAUGCGAAGAAGUGAUCGCCAAGCGCCACGAGGAGCACCUGGACCUGGCGAAGGAAGUCACACAGUACCUCGAGAAACAGUCUUCAUCAUUGUGCAAGGACGCCUGCCAGACGUGCGACUUCUACGAGCGCGUCGGUAAGGCCGUCGAGGCUAACCACAAAAACAUAAGUGACAUGGACGAGGCCAUGGAGGACGACUUGUUUGAUAUCAAGGAAGAUCAGCGCGUGAGGAACGAGGACACGGAAGAAGAAUUGAGGCAGGCGUGCCACGACACGAGGCACGCGGCCGAUGCCGAUGCUUUGGAAAUUGCAUUUGCGAACGUGAUCAAGCUGUUGACGGUCGUCGAAGACCAGUACCGGGACUACCAGCUGACGGCGCGUACUAAGGCCGAGGAGCACCCCGUCAACGAUAGUAAUGAAGCAUUGAGGUUUGAUGGGGUCGUACGUGCGUUGUUCGGGCUCGACGGGGAAGAAGGCUCAGAUACGUAUGUCGUUGGCGAUGGUGCUCCUAGAACCGUGCGGCUUUCACUGCCAGACUUAGUUAAGAGUGUAUUAGCGUACGAGGAGCCCAAGGCCGAAGAGGAACCUCCUAAGGUCGCCAUCGAAGGGGACGACGAGGAGGACGAGGACGAGGAGGAAGAAGCCGAGGAGGUGAACUGGUACGCCGAGGGCUUUGUCGAGUUGAGUGAGGAGGAGCGGAGGGAGCUGAAGGGGCGCACGCUCGAGAAGUACCUCGAUGCUCGGGACGACGCCUUUACGCCGCUGGAUGCCGCUACUAAGGCAACACUGUCCGAGGAGGACCUGGAGAUCUACGAAGCCCUUGUGGAAGAAGUGGAACAACAUCGGGCGGCGCGGGCAUCCAUCAGAGAACAAGGUGAUGUCAGUGACACGCCGGUGGAUGGGAACCAAGAGGUCUGCGUUUGCGAUGUGACGCUGCCGGAGUCGAGGUUGGUUGAAUUAUUAGAUAAGUUAAGGGCCUCCGUCGUGAUGGAUAUGGAGUCAAGGGCAGCAGCUAGGAAGGUCAAAAUACAAACGUUGACGGACGAGCGUCUCACGUCCUACACCGAGGAGCUCGAGGAAAGACUGAGGACGCACUGGCCCCGGAAAGGGCGGUCCGAAGUGUCCUUUCGGCAACCGAGAGAAGGUGAGUUGAUAGCUCAUCGACAGCGAAAAGAGCGACAUUUACGAGUUGUACUACAGCGCGACCGCCUGCAUAGCAAGGACUUCCUCAACGCUCUCUCGUCAUCCUAUGAGAAGGUCGAGACCUUCAAGACCGACCUACAAGCAUUAGAAGAUUUGUUGCCGAAGCAGCAGUCACUCGCGACGCUGCAAGGCGUCGAGUCGAAAUGUAAAAAGCUAGCCGCAGCUUUUCAUAUUGAAUGUUUGGCCGAGGUUGAUGGUUUAGGGAGGUACACGGUCACGGAGCCCACGAAACUGUUUCAAUUGAACGAGGUGCUGCUGAAGGCGACGCGGCUCUUCGAGGACGGCGGCGAUUUCAGCGACGUCGAGAAGGAGGAGCUGCGAGGUAAAUUGGAGCAGGUCGCGUUGCGGGUUCAAAGUUCUGUUGAACAGCGCAAGGAGAAGGUCGAUACACUGAGGGAGUCGCAAGCGCAAGCGUUGCAGGGUCUGGCGUCGUUCAACGCUACUGCCGAAACUUGUUUAGAUGAAUUAUCCUUGAUGUACGGCCUGGGCAUGAAGUACGGCGCGCCCCGGAGGAACGCGCAAGAAAAGAUCCGGUCGAAUCAAACGCUCGACGAACGGGAGGCGGCCCAUUUUGAUGAACUACUUGAAGCUUUGGCUGUGACUUGCGACGAGGUCAAGCACCCCGAGGACGAGGACGAAUCUACACCGCGUUCCAAAAAAUUAUUAGCGUUGUUAGCUGCUAUUAGAAAGCACGCUCGUAACAGGGCGCUCUACCUCAACUUCCUGCCCAAGCCCGACAAGGUGCCUGUUAUCGAUCAGAUGGCGCAGACGUCCAUUCCGGAACCUGAGGAGGAGGAGCCUGCUGCUGCCGAGGACGAGGAGCCUCCAGUCAAAGAGGUCGAUCCUGAUGAUGCCAUCGAGUUGGACGAGGCCACGGCAUUGCUAGUAGCGGACAGGGAGGAGCGAGAAGGCAAUUUAGCACAACUUGUUGAUGAUGUGGAAGAGGCCUGCAAGCAGGAGACCAAGGACCUCUACACUUCAGAAGGCAAGGCCGACCGUUUGGGGGAGGACGGCGUGCCCGAUUCGCUGCGGACGUGGCUCGCGGAAUCGCGAAGGAAGGUGCUGGGCGAGGGUGGCUAUAGGGAGAAGGCAGCGCGGCGGCUACGGGCCCAGGUCCAGCUUAUGGAGGGGUUGAUCGCGAAGACGCCCGAGCUCCCGCUUCAGGACCCCGACGCGCUGGGCGCGCCGGCGGCGAUCAUUGCGGACGUCGUGAACCGAUGCAAGGCCGAGGCCGAUGCCAGACGAGCGGCGACGGCCCAGCGCUUCGGCGAGGCCAUGCGCGCCUGGAUUAAGAAGCGCGACGCCCACCGGUCGGCUUUAAGGCCGCAGCUCGGCUCGCCCGAUGCAAGGGAGGAGCUCACGCAACUCUGCGAGGCGGAAUCCGUGCGGCGGGAGGAGGUCAAAGAGGCCGUGAAAGAAGCGCGAGCAACGGUCGUCAAGGACGCCGCGGUCGUGGCGCGGCGCUUCCUCGGCCGCAUGGCGUCGAGCAGUGCGGAGUGCUUCGGCACGCUCGACGGCCUCACGUACAACGACGACCUCGGCUGGCUGCCCGGCGACGAGAACCUUUUCGUGAAGCGCAAGUCUCUCAAAAGGUUGCGGAAGAUGCGGCGGAAGGCCGGGCCCGACGCCGAGGGCGAGAUCUUGCGGGAGACGGGCUUGUCCUACGGCGAAGGGCGGGGUCGCCGGUUCCCGUCGCGGACGUGGCCGGGCGUCGACGCGAAGGCCUUUGCGAAGGUCGAGGAGCCUGAGCCGGCGGAGGAGCCCGCUGCGGAGGAGGAGGAUGCCGGGGAGACGCCGGCGGAGGAUGCUCCCGCGGAGGAGGAGGAACUGGAGGGCCCGUGGGCCGGCGUCGUCGCGUCGAUGGGCGAGGCGCGCGACGCGCUCGUGACGACGGCGCACCGGCAGCUCGUGCGCGCGCGCGACGCGGCCGUCGCCGAUUAUUUGAAAUACUACGAGUCGAGCAACGCGGACAUGCUCGCGCACUACGACGCGCUCGUCGCCGAGGAGGAGUCCUGGCACGGGACCUGGGAGGGGCUCGUGAAGAGUUUGCUGGUUAAGAGUUCUUGA